CGAAAAUUCCCACGUCUGUUAAACACUUCACGCGUAGUACUGCCAUUACUUGGAGGCUACAUGGCUCACUAUGCUGAAAAUAACUCUGAAGGUCGUCACUCGUACAUACCGGUGGCAUCAAGUUUCAGGGAGGAUAACCACGGCGAAUCCAACGUUCAUAUUGCGUCGCUUGCAGAGAAACAGCGAAUAUGGUGGAGAACCGCCAUCAUCAAUACGUGCUUCAUAGCUGCGUGGUAUAUAUUCGCAACCGUGCUGUCUUUGUACAACAAAUGGAUGUUUUCGCCAGACCUUUUCGGAUUUCCGUAUCCGCUCUUCGUGACUACCUUGCACAUGCUUGUUCAGUUUCUCUUGGCUGCUGCUCUCCGGGUCUGUUUCUCGCAUCAUUUUCGUCCAGAUAGAAGUCCUUCAUUAGAAGAUUAUGGCAAGAAAGCAAUUCCUACUGCCGCUGCUACCGGUCUCGAUAUUGGUCUGUCAAACUUAUCCCUCAAGACUAUUACUUUAUCAUUCUAUACAAUGUGCAAGUCAUCUUCUCUCAUCUUCGUAUUAUGCUUUGCAUUUUUCUUCCGUUUGGAGGUGUUCUCGUUGCGACUUGUCGCCGUCAUUCUUCUCAUUUUUGGCGGGGUGAUUCUUAUGGUGGCUUCUGAAACGGCCUUCGUUCUUCCCGGAUUUUUGCUUGUGAUGACCGCCAGCGCAUGUGGAGGUCUCCGCUGGAGUCUCACGCAACUGCUCUUGAAGAACAAGAAUAUGGGUCUAGAUAAUCCUGCAGCUACCAUAUUCUGGUUGGCUCCUGCAACAGGCGUCACAACAGCCCUUUUGAGCAUCAUCUGGGAGGGAUGGUUUACCGUAUACGCUUCACCUUUCUUUCGGGACAUGGCCACUACUUUUCGUUCGAGUUUGUUCUUGGUCGCGCCCGGUAUCUUGGCGUUUUGUAUGGUCAUGAGUGAAUACUACAUCAUCCAACGGGCCGGAGUCCUGCCGAUGUCGAUAGCGGGAAUAGCCAAGGAAGUUUCAACGAUCACAGUCUCGGCUUGGUUUUUCGGAGACGAGCUUACGCCACUGAACAUAAUUGGCGUAGGUAUCACAGUUUGCGGGAUUGCGCUUUUUACGUUUCACAAGUACCGCGAUUCUAUUGGUGGUAGACUAUCGGUAGACGCGCAGGGAAACAUGGUGGUGAUAGACGACGAGAAUGUGGGCAACUCGUCAGAUUCCGUGCAUGGGGCCAACUUCGAGCUUAAUGCUGCUAACCUUCAAGAGGAUGGUCAUAUUGCGGUAUGUGACAGCCUUACGAAAACAUUUUACAAUUAUGUUACUCAUCAAAACGCCACAAAGCGUCAGGGGUCUGAUGAUAGCGACACGAAUCAGCGCCUGCUUUUUUCCACCGAUCAUGACUCGGAUGAUCAUCAUGAAGGCGAAGAAGAUGCCGAACUAGUCCGGAGCAUUCAGUUCUCUAAGUUCAAUUGGGAGGCUGAAAGAGGUAUAGAUGGAAACCACUAAUAGCCUAGGUCCCGGAUGCUUCCAAUUACAU